AUGGCUCAGAAUAUUAACCCUCAUUACGCAUCGUCGUCGAAUCCCGCCAAACAGAAUGAGGACACGAUAAAAUUAAAGGACAAUCACGCUGUGAGCAAACGACUUCAAAAAGAACUUAUGGAACUAAUGCGAUGUGCAGACAAAGGAAUAUCAGCGUUCCCAGAGAGUGACAAUCUAUUUAAAUGGAUCGGAACCAUCAACGGCCCACAAGACACGGUGUACACUGGUCACAAGUAUAAAUUAUCCCUGGAAUUCCCUAAUUCAUACCCUUACGCCCCUCCUGUAGUAAAAUUUUUGACACCUUGCUUUCACCCUAACGUAGACACAUGUGGCUUAAUAUGUUUAGAUAUACUAAAAGACAAGUGGACGGCCCUUUACGACGUGCGUACAAUUUUACUAUCGAUACAAAGUCUAUUAGCAGAGCCAAACACUCAGAGUCCCUUGAAUCAGCAGGCAUCUUAUUUAUGGCCGAACCAACCUGCCUAUAAGAAAUAUUUAGAUGAAUUUUAUAGUAAACAUAAAGACUCA